AGACCCUUUUCUCACCGUCACCGCUUGCCUUUUUGCCACACUGCUGAAGAGAUCCGACCACCACGCUACAUUCUUCCUUUUUUCUGUAGAGCGAUGACUGGUCGCUAAUGCCGGGGCCAUACCGGGACCCCUUUAAGAGGAAGAACACCUCUAUCUCGGUGGGGCAUCGUUCGAAGAGGAAGCUUCGAGCGGCGAGGACCAGCCUUUGAACGCACAGGUCGCCCACUGCCAGCCUUUGACUUUGCACUCACUCCGGUUCAAAAAAAGGAUUAGUUCUUAUUAAAAUAAGUAACCCUUUUUAUUUUUUUUCUUCUUUUCUAUUUACCGUCCACGAACGGUCUUUGGCUUUGCACCCAAAGUUUAAGCCGGUCUAUGACUGGCUUUUGAACUGUUUACCUGUCGUCCAUUUCUUCUGCAUCGUUGCACCCUUAGAUCCUGACACGGGUACACCCAUGUUUCCUUCCAUCGAUGGAACUUCCUUGGGCAAGCGUGUGUACCCUUGUUUCAGAAAUCCCCAAUACCAUUAGAGGUAGCGACUUGACCUCAAUUGCUCAAACCCGUUUCCAUAAAUCAAAAUUCUUCUCGCAACCUCCACCUGUGGAAAAGAUGUUGAUUUUCAAGCUCCAUGAGCCGCUGCUAUCCGAUGACUACCAAAAGCUUUGCUCCCAGUUACUGCAGUUCUCAAACUGCCCAUUGAAGACAUGGGCGUUGAGUGGCCUGCUCCGGCACGAAUUCCUCUGCCACCUCCUAACGACGAAGUGUUUCGGUUCGUUGUUGCAUAUCCAUACCCGAUGGACCCGGAAUCCUUUGAGCCACCGAAGCCCAAAAACCCUACGUCCAAAUCUGACAAACAAGAUGGCAGGGAGGGUAGCGAUAAGGCAUGAAGAGUCUAUCACGCUCUACGUGCGUCUUUGGGAAUCAAACUCGUCACCUCUGCACAAGGUGUUGUGGCAAGCAGAAAGCCUACCGCCGACGUUUCUUCAGAAGAUAACGAGAACGAUGCUUCUCAACACUGAACGCACGACUUCUGAUAGGCGUAACAAGGUCAAGUACUUGCUGAGGUGGAACCCAACUCAUUUCAAAGAUCAGGUUGACAGGGGCAUUGGUAAACUCGGAGGCGGAUGUGACAUCCAUAAUGAUCGUCCAACACUAUAGUUACUGCCCUUACCUUCUUCUCUUAUCAUUAUCUGCUUUCCCGUUCUGACGCGUCAAGAGGGUCGGUCCCUUUAGCGCAUUGCUAAUCAUUAGCAAUGCGUCCUUUCAAAAGAAAAACAGCUGAUCCAUUGUAUUGUACGGUCAUUAAUUUAAGGUACCGGUAAUAAGAAUAUGUUCAGGAAA